AACAAGACACAAGGAAGUACUGCAAGACUGUAGAGAUUCAGAUGAAGGUGUUUUGCACCUUUCUUGAUAGUCUAGUUUUAAUUCGUUAUGAAAGAGGAAUUCCGUCAUGAGAUCGAAACAAAGGAGCCGAUCAUUUGUUAUGGAAACUCGUUCCUCCGGUUCAAUUCAUUAACCAACAGCUAAGCUGCAGUAGCUCUCAGUCUUUAACUGUCAAAAUUAGACACUAUUUAACUCUAUAAUUCACUGUCUGUUGGUGAACUCAAAUUUAUUUACCUGAUACUCAUAUACAAGGAUUGAUAUUUUCGUUUUUAUUUUUUUUUUGUUUGUUUUCAAGUUCUUAGUUAAAAACUACAGAAACUUCUCUUCCGGAUCUCUGAGAGGCCUGUCUGUGUGAGAGGCUAUUACCAUGGCAUCGGCCAAGCUGAAGUACCUCUCUCUGGGGGUCCUUGUGUUCCAGACCACCUCGCUGGUGCUGACCAUGCGGUACUCGCGUACCCUACAGGGCGAUGGGCCGCGUUACCUGGCAUCCUCUGCUGUGGUGGUAGCCGAACUUCUCAAGAUCCUCACAUGCAUGGGGCUCGUCUUCAAGGAUCACAGUUACAGUGGACGAGCGCUGAGUAGUAUUCUGAGACAGGAGAUUCUUCACAAGCCUAUAGAGACACUGAAGCUGGCAAUUCCUUCUGGAAUCUACACGCUGCAGAAUAACUUGCUCUACGUAGCACUGUCUAAUCUUGAUGCUGCUACAUACCAGGUGACAUACCAAUUGAAGAUCCUGACCACAGCCCUGUUCUCAGUGUCCAUGCUGGGCCGUAGGCUUGGGGUGUACCAGUGGCUGUCUCUACUUAUUCUCAUGGCUGGGGUUGCACUUGUACAGUGGCCAGCGGACUCCCCAUCAGACCCUAAGAAAGAGCAGCUGACUGCAGGCUCACAGUUUGUUGGUCUGGUUGCUGUGUUGGUGGCCUGUUGCUCCAGUGGGUUUGCUGGAGUCUACUUUGAGAAGAUCCUUAAAGAGACCAAACAGAGUGUGUGGGUCCGGAACAUCCAACUAGGCAUGUUUGGCCUGGUGUUUGGGGUCUUUGGAAUGUUGGCCUAUGAUGGUGCCAGAAUCAGAGAACAUGGAAUGUUUCAGGGCUACAACACUAUCACCUGGAUUGUGGUUGCUCUUCAGGCUCUUGGAGGGCUAGUGAUAGCGGCAGUCAUCAAGUAUGCUGACAACAUACUGAAAGGCUUUGCUACAUCACUCUCAAUUAUCCUCUCCACAUUAAUUUCAUAUUUUUGGCUUGAGGACUUUGAGCCUACCAGUGUGUUCUUCCUGGGCACUCUGUUCGUCAUAAUGGCAACGUUUCUCUAUGGUUAUGAGGGCAAGCCGGCACCCAACCCAAGCAGAGCAUGAAAGAAGGGGAUGAAAAAGGGAUUUACAAUGUGAAAGUGGAGCAGAACAAAAAGAUUAAAGAAGUGGAAGAACAGAGAAGAGGAGAGGAGGUAUAGAGAGGGGAAAAUGGACUGAUACAAGAUUGAGUCAGCAGACUAGGCCACUGCUAUGCUGUGCAGAGCUAAAGCAAACUGGGUGAGAUGCUUUGGGCCUGAAGGAGAGUUUCAGUGAAACUCUCCUUUAGAGUAUACCCUAAUCAAUGUGUUAUGGAUAAAACCAUUUCCAAUCGUGCCAUAAUCUUUCAAAUGAUUCCGGAAGAAUUGCAACUUUUUUUUUGUGUUGGACAAUCAGGACUCGAACCUUUCUGAGAAUUGUUGCACAGAACUUUAUCCAUUUCGUAGAUUAUGGCUCUUCUCAUUUGUCUGUAUCGUUUGAUGUAUGUUCAUGUCCGUGGGGUGG